UGCAAUUCUCUCUCUCUCUUUCUCUCUCUCUCAAAAGAUGGAUAAGAAUAGACCGAGCAACUCAUCCCAAGACGUUGAGGUGAGAAAAGGGCCAUGGACCAUGGAAGAAGACAUGAUUCUGAUCGAUUAUAUUGCAAAUCACGGUGAAGGCGUAUGGAACACCCUAGCCAAAUCUGCCGGUCUUAAACGAACCGGAAAGAGUUGCCGGCUCCGAUGGCUAAACUAUCUGCGACCUGACGUUCGGAGAGGUAAUAUCACACCUGAGGAAGAGCUCUUGAUUCUGGAGCUGCAUUCUAAGUGGGGAAACAGGUGGUCAAAAAUUGCAAAGCAUCUGCCUGGAAGAACUGACAACGAAAUAAAGAAUUACUGGAGGACUAAAAUUCAAAAGCAUAUUAAGCAAGCAGCAGAGAAUUUGUAUGGACAGACUUGUGAUCAGGUCAAUGAUCAAGCAAGCUCAAGCCAAGCGUGUAGCAUGAAUAUUACUUACCCGAUGGAAAACUACUCUCCACCAUCAUUCCAAACAAUGAUGGAGCCGCAGCCUAUCCCAGCUGCCCCUUUACCCGCUGCUGAAUCGAAUGACAGCUAUUGGAGCAUAGAGGACAUCUGGUCUAUGCAACUGCUUAAUGGGGAUUAAAUACGAGGAAAUUAAAUAUAUUUGGGACAAAUUAUGAUCAGUAUUUAUAUAUUAGAUUUGUCUAUAGUUCCAAA